AUGAACAUUGAACAAAGUAGAAGGACUAACAUGUCACUCGACUCAAUUGUUUUUAAAAUUCUACCUCAGGAUGGUUUCUAUGAAAACUUGUAUUUCCAAACCAAUCCAGCAUAUGUGAAUUCUCCUAUCCAUAUUUCAAAAUCUACAUUUAAACCAGAUACAGUUAAAAUCCGUCACUUUUAUUCAUUGUUGCAUGAAAAUGUCAUCAUAUUGGGACUUGAAGUCUUUGUGUACUUACAGAUCUAUGAAGAUCACAUCAAUAAACUUGUUUAUGUAUCCAAAUGUGACACCACUGGUUUGAAAAAAAUAUCAUUUAAAAUUAAUGAAAUAUUGGAACCAGUAUUGAAAUUCAUGAUUGAUUAUAAUGAUUAUAGAAUUAGACCCAAAAAGGAAAAAUCAAUUACUCCACGGGAAAAUCCAAGCCCAUACUUCAGAUUGAAGAAAUUAUGUUCACAAUUACCAGAAGCUUAUUCAUCGUUGAAAUAUUACAAUGACCUUCCUCCAAGACAUCUUGAUAUCGAGUAUCGAAAUUUACCACCUUUACGUACCACCAAACUUUACAUAUUCACCCGACCAGCUAAAGAAUAUUUAUUUCCAAAUUCAUCAUUAAACUCUGGGAAACAUUUAAUUUCUGGUUCAGCUUUGCUUAAUUGGUGGAUGAAAAUAGUUGAUAAAAUAACUAUAGGAUGGGAGAGAAGAUUGCUUGUCCCCGGAUUAGAUUCAAGAACGUUCGUUAGGAAAUUUGAAAAUUGGCAAGACGGACAUAUUUUUGAAGAAACAGAAGAAGAAAAAAGUGCAGUUAAUUCCAUACCUAUUUUUCCUGAUGAUCCCAAGGGACGAUUUAUGGAACAAUUGGUAGUUGAAAAUAGAAUUUCCAAAAUGCUGAUCAGUAGGUUUAUGAUGGAGUUGGCUUAUAGACAAGAGUUUUUGGGAGAUACAGUUGGUAUCAUUGGAUGUACCUGCAAUGAGUCGCUGGAUAUACAAACUGAUGCUGAAGGUACUAAAGCAGUGAAAUUAAUCACAAUCAGAGAAUACAAGGAAUUCAUUAACGAAAUAAAGCUGAUUGAUUUUUCCAAUAGUGAUGAAGUGAUAAAUUUCGUUACUCAAUACAAAAGUUCCGUAAUAUAG